GCUUUACCAUUGGAGCAAAGGGCAACAAAACGACCCAUUUGACCACAGAAUUGAAUUUGAUCCCCCUUGUGGGCAUAAGACAUCCCCAUCCCAUUGUUCGGGGAUUAAUUAAGGCGGAUUCUGGCUCUCAUCGGUUACCUACCAUCCUCAAUCCUAGCUGUGUUGCAAGGGAUCCGGCGAAUAUUUUUUCAAUUCCCCGCAAGUAACCAUUGUUCCGGAAAUGUGGGAAACCUUCCUGGUCACCAGAUAAGACACGAGUCCACUCCUUGCGAUAGCUGAUCAAAGUUAGAGUAGCGAGGGAUUCAAAGGCGAGGCGAGGCCUAUUGUGCUUGGAGAAUUUCUGUCACCCCUGUUCAUUCACCCCGCCCUGCGACUGGGAUUUUGUUCGCGCUUGGCAUGGAAAUUGCCUUCGGCUAAAAACAUUCUGCUAACCGUUUCUGAAUACAUCAGAAGAUGAAAGGAUACCUCAUUGUGGUCACGAAACCACCGUACCGGGGUAUUUCCAAAGGAGAGGAAAAUAAACAUGGAUUGGCCAUGGGAGAUAGAGGUCACUAUUCGGCUACCUCCAUUCAGAGACCCCCUCCUUUCCCUCCUCCCGCCUCUGAGAUCCAGUUGGGCUAAGUGGUCGAAGGGCCGUUGGUUUCAUGCCCUUGGUAGGCAAUAUGCGUGGUGCCGUGCGGGAUAUUUGGCUAUGAUACUUAUCGGUGUGAUAAUAUGAUAACCCACAUAGACCAGAAAGUGAACUAGGGUUUGGUGCCGGGGAAAACGUGAGACGUGACACAACAGUACUAUCAGCCUGUUAAUGAAGACUUGGUUAUAAAGACUCGAAAACCCCGCUGCGCGCCGCAUGUUCUUUCUCCAUCCUUUCUUAGUGCGCCCGAUACCCGAUUCAUCUAUACACUUUGGGCUGAGCAGACUCUUGAUUCCAGAAUAGGAGUUAGGAAGGUCCCUUGCACGAAUUAUUCACCAUGGUGUACAGGGUGAAGAACAUCUAUGCCAUUUGCGCUUUCGCAGCCAUUGGCGGUGGCCUUUUCGGCUUCGACAUCAGUUCCAUGGCUGGUGUUCUUGGAACUAAUGCCUACAAGAACUACUUCGGUAAUCCGCAGGGCGCGAGGGUAGGUUUGUUCUCUUUGGGUUGUUUGUUUAAUUCUGGAGGUCUGACUGUUACAAAUAGCAAGGAGCUAUCACCAGUGCAAUGCCAGCCGGUUCGCUGGCCGGUUCGCUGGUGUCUUCCUAUCUCGGCGAUUACUUUGGUCGUAAACAGGCAAUCCAGAUCGGAGCCAUCAUCUGGAUUCUCGGAUCAAUGUAGGAUUAUCCCAGAGUGAGAUCCCGAGAGAAGGUGCUGAUCGGAGUGGCAGCAUACAAGCAGGUUCCCAAAAUGUUGGCAUGUUAGUAGUCGGCCGAAUUAUCGCUGGAAUUUGUGUCGGGAUUACCUCUACUCUUGUCCCCGUUUACCAAUCCGAGCUUGCACCCAAAGAAAUUCGUGGUCGCAUGGUUUCCCUUCAACAAUGGGCUAUCACAUGGGUAUUCUUUGCCCAUCCCUUCAAAUUUCCCAUAUAUCUAACUCUACUUUCAAGGGUAUCUUGAUCCAAUACUUCGUUCAAUACGGCGCUUCCUUCUACGAAGGCGGUCCCAAGAACCCGAAACAAGGCCCAGCUGCAUUCCGCAUCCCUUGGGGUGUUCAGAUUAUUCCUGCUGCCAUUCUGAUCGGGGGUCUCUUCUUCUUCCCGGAAUCCCCACGUUGGCUAGCUGUUAAAGACAAGUGGGAGCAAGCUCUUCGCGUUCUAGCGGAUGUCCACGGAAACGGAGACCUGAACCACCCGGUCGUGUUGGCAGAGUACCAGGAAAUUGAGGACGUUAUCCGAUUCGAACGUGAAGAGGCGAUUUCAUCAUAUGCCGAACUUGCCAAGCCCAGGAUUCUCAAGCGUGUUAUUCUUGGUAUGAGCAUUCAGAUGUGGUCUCAGCUUUGCGGCAUGAAUGUCAUGAGUAAGCUCUCCUAGAGUGAUCGAAUCGGGCAGGAUGUUCCUGAUGGUCUGAUAGUGUACUACAUCGUCUACGUUAUGGAGGGUGCAGGCAUAACGGACCCUCUCCUUCCCGCCUCCAUCCAAUACAUAAUCAACGUCGUCAUGACCAUUCCCGCUAUCAUCUGGAUGGACCGGUGGGGUCGCCGCCCUACUCUCUUGUUCGGCUCCUUCGCCAUGAUGUCCUUGCUAUUAAUCUCCGGCUCUAUCCAAGGAGCCUUUGGUCAACAUCAACCGGACCCAUCGGAUGCCGUCACCUGGUACAUGGUGAACAAAGAGACCCAAGCCAACGCCGUAGUUGCUUGCUCUUAUCUUUUCGUCGCUACCUUCGCCAUCACUUGGGGGCCCGUUUCUUGGACUAUGCCUGCUGAGGUCUUCCCCAAUAAGGUGCGGGCCAUGGCCGUAUCCCUCUCCACCGCUUCCAAUUGGGCCUGUAAUUGCGGCUUGGCCUUCGCCGUCCCACCUCUACUCAGAACCAUUAAUUGGAGAAUGUACAUGAUUUUCGCCGCCUUUAACGGUGCAGCCUUCGUUCAUAUGUUCUUCACCGCUCCCGAGACAAAGGGUAUUACACUGGAAGAGAUGGACGAUGUCUUUGAUGUUUGUUCCUCCACCACUCGAUUUUUCUCCCAAUGUGUGUUGACUAAUACCCUUUCCCAAGCAGAGCGGCCGCCCACCCUGGAAAACCCGUUCUCUCGUCUCCCGCCUCGACAACCUCCAGAAAGACAUUGCCGCAGGCAACGUCAAAGUCGACAUCGGAGCCGCGACUGGCCUCCGCACAGAGAUCCACCAAGUCGCCUCCAAGGAGUAGUUUUUUUUUCUUGCUUGCAUGUCGACGAUGGGAAGGACAAUUUGUGUAGCAUGUCAUUUCGCCUCUAGCGAUAUUAAUUAUUUUUACAAA